AAACUACCAAACACGAGUUGUUUUAAGUGAAGUGGUUAAGUUUUAUUAAAAAUUAUAUAAAUAAAAAUUAAUUGAAUAAAAGAUUCAUAAUGAAAUUAAAAAAGGAAAAUCAACAAAAAACAAAAGCUGAUGAGAAUGAUAAGAAAAUAAAAAAAAAUAAAAAUGGCAUCUCGAAAGAAGAGAUUGAGAAUAGUGGCGGAAAUUUAAAGAAAGUAAAAAAUAAUAUCCAAAAACAAACAAGUCCUGUAGGAACGGAAAAGGUAAAAAGUAAAAAAAAAAUAAAGCAAGCUAUUGAAUCGUCUGAAGCAAUUAAAGAUGCUAAAAUGAAAAAACUAGAAAAAGCCGAAUCACUUGCUAAAAUCAAGAACCCAACUAACGAAUCAAAAAAGGGGAAAGAAAAUUCUGCUCUAAAAUCUAGUAUGUCGAGUAGUGAAUUAUUACUCAAAUUGAAUUCGGUAUCUGCAGAUAAAACUGAUUCAAAAGAAAAAAAAACUGUUGAAGAAAAUAACGAAAAUAAUGUGAAAAUAGAUACCAAAAAAAAAUCUUCCUCAGAAAAGAUGUCAAAAAAAUCUAAAGAUAACAUUGAUUCAAAAGAAAAAAAAUCUCUUGAAGAAAAUAAUGCGAAAAUAGAUACCAAAAAAUCGCAAAAAUCUUCCUUAGAAAAAAUGUCCAAAAAAUCUAAAGAUAAAAAUAACCCUGAAAAGAAGAAGAUAAAAUUUGGUAAGGUAACGAAAGUAAAAAAAGUGAAGGAUAAGAAUGAGAAGACCAAAUUGAAAUUAAGUCAAAGUGUGGGUCCUUCUUUAGCAGAAGCUCCAAAAUUUGAUUUAGAAAAUUUCAAUGCGAUAUUAAAUGAGGAAAAUAUUAAAAAAUCUGUAAAAGCAUUAAAGAAACUAGUUAAAAAGGAAACUGAAGAAAUGAAAAAUGCAAUAUUUAAAGAUUAUCGUUACAUUAUUAAUUUUUGUUUGUUUAAGAUUCCAAGUGCACCUAAACGACAUGUUAAAUUAAAUAUAAAAAAUUCGUUGGUUGGUCCUGAUGAUGAUGUAUUGUUUAUUGUAAAAGAUUUACAAAGAGGAUUGAAAGUCGAUUAUGAACCAACAGUUCAUCAUUAUGAAGACAUUCUCCGUGAAAAAGGUAUUGAAGGUAUCAAAGCUAUUAUGCCCUUUAAUCAACUUAAAAAGGAAUACAACAGUUAUGAAAUGAAGAGAAAACUUGCUAAUCUAUAUGAUUAUUUUAUUUGUGAUGGACGUAUUGCAGGGCAUAUAUUUGGAUUUUUGGGAAAUGCCUUUUCAUCAAAACAAAGGUGUACUAUAUUCUCUGUACGUACAGAGAAUUUAAAUCAUUUAAAAAAAGAAAUUCAUGUUGCUUUGCAUAAAACUAGCUUUAGACAAGGCUCCAAAGGAGAUAACAUAUCGAUUAUUGUAGGGAAUCAUAAUAAUUCAUCAGAGCAAGUAACUGAAAAUAUCCUUGAGAUUUUGAAACAAUUGAAAGAAAAACUACCUGGUAGUUAUCCUAAUAUAAGAAAUGUAACAUUAAAAGUUAAUAUUAAAGGUACUUCAUCUGUACCAUUAUAUAUAAAUAUGGGAAAACCACUUAAAGGUACACCAUAUAUUAUUGGUUUGAAAGAGCAAAAGCUGAAUAAAAUGAAAGAAAAAGCUGAAGGCAUUUUAAAUAAAUUCGCAAUUACAAAUGAUGGCCAUGUUCAAAAACUAACACCAGAAGAAAUCGAAACACGAAAACGAAAGCUGCAAGAAAAUAAUGAAGAAAAAACUAAAAAGAGUAAAAAAUCAAAAAAAGCAAAAUCAGAAAAAUCGAAAGAAGAUUUGAAUGGAAAAUCAAAGGAUAUUAAAAAGAAAAAAGGAAAGGUUGAAUCAGAGCAAAAUGAUUCAGAUAGUGAAAAUGAUCCAGACUAUGAACCUGCAGAAAUAAAUGAAGAUGAUAACACGGAAAACGAUGACAGUGACGUUGAUGAUAGUGAUGUUGCUGAUAAUGAUGCUCUGGAUAGUGAUUAAAAAUGUGAAUUAUUUCAAAAAAAAAAUUUAAAUAAAAAAUAAUGUUGAAAAUUUAGAUU